GUGGACCGACCCCGGUGAUGUUUGGAAAUGUGGCUAGCAUUUAGCUUAGACAAAAGAUUGGUAAUCAUUUUAGGUCCUGAUGAUUAAAUGUUUCUAAUGCACGAGUUUUUGCUUUAAAACGUGAUCGUUAUUCCACUGAAACUGUGAUUUUUGUGACUUGAAAUGGCGUCUAGAUCUUCUUUUGAGGAGGAUUUGUCUUGUCCUGUAUGCUGCGACCUUUUUAUAAAUCCCGUGGUUCUGUCCUGUAGUCAUAGCGUCUGUGAAGAUUGUGUGCAUCGGUUUUGGAAAGAUAAGAGACGUAAAGAGUGUCCAGUUUGCAGAAGAUCUUCAAAGGAACGUCCUCCAGUUAACUUGGCUUUGAAGAACCUGUGUGAGACCUACCAACAACAUCUGAGCCGCGGACCUUCGUCUGGAGAUGAAGGUGUCUGCGGUCUUCACAAAGAGAAGCUGAAGCUCUUCUGUCUGGACGAUCAAGAGCCCGUGUGUCUGGUGUGUCGAGACUCCAGAAAACACACCAACCACAGAUUCAGUCCUGUGGAUGAAGCCGUGAUGGACAAUAAGGAGAUUCUCAAAGAUGCUCUGCAACACUUAGUGAAAAAGCGGGGAAUAUUUGAGAGUUUUAAAGAGUGUUUUGAUGAACGUGAUGAACUCGUCAAGUUUAAUGCCCAACAUGCUGAGAGGCGGAUUAAAGCGGAGUUUGAGGAGCUUCACCGGUUUCUUCGUGAUGAAGAAGCGAUCAGAAUAACAGCACUGAGAGAGGAAGAGGAACGGAGGAGUCGGAUGAUGAGGGACAAGAUCGAGGAGACCAGCAGACAGAUCUCAUCUCUCUCUCAAACCAUCAGAGACACCGAGGAGCAGAUGAAACAUGAUGACGUUUCAUUCUUGCAGAACUUUAACUCCACAUUGCAAAGGGCUCUGUGUAACCCGCCGCUUCCAGAAGCCUUUCCUGAAGUGACGAUCAGGUUCUCAAGUCACCUGACCAACCUGAAGCUCACGGUCUUACAGAAGAUGCAGGACACUCUCGGUGAAUCCUCAUACUACUUCAAGCCGUCUCCUAUUCAAUCUGAUCUGGCUGCAAUAGAGAUUUCUGACAAUCAAGAGGAAUAUAAUGAAUACGAGCGUUUCCAGAUGGAUGGAGGGAACUGUACAAAGAUAUUUGGAGGUCGACGGUCUAAUGGAGACCGACAGCAGUUUCCAGAUCCUCUAGCCCGUGCCACUGAUUUAUUCCCUGCUCCGGUCAGCACCACCGAACCAACCUUCAACCUACCCAUGAUCCACAGAGGUCCUCCUGUGUCACAGAUCCUCCGCAGCCAGAUUAUGACGAGGAUGAACUACGGAGAAAAACUAGUCGUAGGCCGCCCUCGGUUGAAAUCGAGGUUUAGGCGCACGAGUGUUCCCUCUCCACUGGAUUUGGCGUUUGGAGCUUCGACCAAUGCUUCACGUGGGGGGAAUCCUCAAGGGGACUUGAAGUUUUUAACGUUCAGGGGAGGAGACUUCAGUCUUCAAGAUAUGGUGAUCUGUGACCAUGAAAUCCUGUACUUCUGUCCUGUACUCACAGCAUCUGUAAACAUUGCCUUCAGAGGUUUUGGGAAAAACAAGGACAUAAAGCUUGUCCACUCCAGAAAACACACCAACCACAGAUUCUGUCCCAUAGAUGAAGCUCUGACCGAUAACAAGGCUCAGGCUCAAUGCACAGAGAAGCUGAUUAAAGAAGAGUUUGAGAAACUUCACCAGCUUCUGCGUGACGAGGAAGCGAUCAGAAUUACAGCGCUGAGAGAAGAAGAGAAGCAGAAGAGUCAGAAGAUGAUCGACAGGAUCGAGGAGACCAGCAAACAGAUCGUAUAUCUCACACGCUCCAUCAGGGAUACACAGGAGCAGAUGAAAGCUGGAGAGGAUUCAUUCCUGCGGGACUUAAAGGACUCAUUGAAAAGAGGUCGGCAUGGUCUGUCGGAUCCAGAGAACGUUUCAGAAACGCUCAUCGAUGUUCCAAAACACCUGAAAAACCUCAAGUUCACCGUGUUACAGAAGAUGCAGGAAGAUAUUAAAUACACUCCGGUGACCCUGGACCCCAGCACUGCUCACAGUAAUCUCACGGUGUCUGAUGAUCUGACCAGCGUGCGGUUCAGAGAUGAGGAAAAGCUGCUUCCUGAUAAUCCCGAGAGAUUUGACAGUUGGGAGUGUGUUCUGGCUUCAGAGGGCUUCGACUCAGGACUUCACUGCUGGGACGUUGAGGUCGGAGACCUCACAAACUGGACCUUCGGUGUGAUGACCGAAUCUGCUCGGAGGAAGGGUGACAUUCUGACAGAGAAGGGACUUUGGGUUCUUGGGUACGCUUCUGGGGAAUAUUAUGCAUUCAUUACACCAGAGCAGUCGCCUCCGCUGACGGUCAAGAAUAAACUCCAGAAAAUCAGAGUUCAGCUGAACUACGAAAAAGGAAAGCUGUCCUUCAUCGAUCCUCUCAGUAACACAUCCAUUCACACUUUUACACAGAAGUUCACUGAGAAAGUCUACCCAUGGUUUGGUCUUCGCUGUGAUGUCUGUCCUCUGGUGAUCUUACCAGUCAACUGAAGAAAUCAUUUAGAGACGAAACGAGUAAAGAUGACUCCCAUUUUAACUUUAAAAUAGAAAGUUUGUUUCGUGAGCGUUUGUAAAUCAGUUUUAAUGUUUGAUUCUGUGUCCUAAUCUGAACUAUUUUAAAAGGCAUCUAACACAUUUCUUAAAUUAUCAUUAUUAUACAGUUUAAUAAUAUAUAUAAAUUAUUUUUCUGUGAAGCUGCUA